CUUUAAUUGAAUGCCUUUUUAGCACUUAAAUUCUUCCAACACCUUCUAGUUUUUCCAAUAUCCAACUCUAAAAUUUCAAUCCAAAAGAACAGAGUCUUAGUGGGAUAAGACUAUACAAAUAAAGGGUAAUAUAUGAUUAAAAUUUGUCCAUUUUGGCUUGAAAAAAUCAAAGUACAUGGACACAUUGGCAUGGAUGAAGUAUAAUUUCAUAUGCUACAAUUUAAAUCAUCAAUAGUCACCUUACACCCUGGUCUCCAGGUUUGAACACAUAAACAGAUUCAACCGGCACUCUAAAUUUUGGUUGAGCACUCAGAUUGGCGAUUGAUCCAUCAUAUACAUAAUUUCUCUACACUAAUUUUGAGAUCUGAAUGUACCAGAUCAACACAAGAAGAUGCCAAUCGAAAUGGGCGGCUGCAAUUGGGAUACGGUUUAGUUCGGGGCUUUCUAUGACGACUUAAGCAAAGUCAUGAAAGCAAAACCACUUAUAAAAGUACAUUACGUCUCAGGCGUAUACAUUUUUCGGGAAAUUCAAUGGAAGUUCAGGCAAAGCAUAACCCGAAAUCGGUAUAGCAAACUUAGCUUCAACGAGCAAGACUAGUGGAGGGAUACAAAGCUGAAAAGGGAUGGGUGGUUGCUUCUGUAGACUUCGUUUGGAUUUUGGGGUUCAAAAUAAGAAAAGUUGCUUCUCCUAACAACAUGGUUGCGUCUCUUUUGUUUCAAUCUCUUUGCUUUUCCAUUGGGAACCUAACAACUUUUCUUUCUUCUAAAAAAAUCUGCGAGUAAUUUUUAAUUAACCUUUGACACUUUGGAUUACGAUGUUUGACCAAAAUUAUUUCUAAUUUGAUUACUAUCAAAACCAUAUUGCCUUCUUGGUACAAGGAACUUAAGGAAAUUGUCCAGUUUGGGGUCCUUCUGAAUAUUGAUCAACAAGUCAAGCUGAUUGAGCCUUUUAACUCAGACUAAAAGGUGUACUUCCUUAUAUUGUUGAUAGCAAUCAAGGGGCCUUUGUGGAGGGGAGGAAACUUCUACACAAUGUGUUACUGGGUCAAGAAAUUGACAGAAAACUGGACACACACUGGCCAAAAAAUCAAACUUGACAUGAGUCACCGAAGAACAACAUUUCACUGCACUGUUGCUCACCUGCGGUUAGGUGAUUACCAACACUGUGUCAGACAUCGAUUACAACUCGUGGUCACCGAAGAACAACAACUCACUGCACUAUUGCUCACCUAUGGUUAGGUGAUUUCCAACGAUUUGCCGCACAACGAUUACAACUUGGGAAUCAGAAGAGGCUUACCAGAUCGCUCAUAAUUCCUCAAUAAUCGGCCUUCAAUUCAGCAAGAGUAGCAACGAAUUUGGAAGAGAUGGUGACCAAAGGAGAUGAGCGAUUGGAAGAAGAUGAAGAAGACGCCCGAUUGGAAAAAGAUGAAGAAGAGAUGGCGACAAGAGGAGACGAUCGACUGGAAGAAGAUGAAGAAGAUUGGCGACCAGAGGAGAAGAUCCAUGGAGUUGUCAAAAUCUUUACUUUUCUGAAGCCCUCCAGUAACCAAAAACAUAAGCAUUUCACCCAUGUCGCUCUGCUUCAGCGGAAAAUGGCGAAGGGAACAAAGGAUAAAUCUUCCUCUGGUUCUCAACCCACUCCAUCUCCUACUUCUCCAGAGACCAACGUCGUCAUCCUUAGGAUGGCCAAGAAAUACAUGGGCACAUCCUACUGGAAUGCCCAGGCCUUAGUUAGCCCUUAUAUGGGAGAAAAACGGUUCCAUCAGGGCCUUGGACAAGUCUGGGCUUCCCAUGCCCAACUCAAAGUGGCCCAAGAGUGGAACAAGGCCCCCCUUCAAUCCCAGGAAGAAAUUGACUGCCUUUGAGAGCUGAAUAAAAAGUUGACUUGAGG